AUGGCGGGAAUGGAUGCUUAUCGCCGAAAUCUCUACAUGUUGUCUCUUUACAGCGAGGAGAGAUUGUUCCUUGAUAAAAUGUCAUAUUCUUCCAUCUGGAAAUCGUCUUUAACUCAAGUGCCUGGCGUGCCAGUUCAGGAGCAAUUGGCCCAUCUUCCAUCAACCCCUUCAGCUCUGCGCACGAUGAUGUUUCAGUCGAUGGAUGAAGUAUUCGCGGCCAUCCCCACCUCGGCUAAGCCAGACUAUAUUGCCGCUCAAGAUGUCAUUCAUCAUGUCUUAUGUCUACUUCGGGUAGUAUCGCUCCAUAUGCUUGAGUCAUUUUCCGGGUGGCAAGGCGAGGACGCUGAAAUCGAUACGUCAGCAAAGAGCUUGAAACAGUGGAUGGAAAACAAUGCACCUAUUGCCAGGAAAUGUCUGUGGCAUGCUGUGUGUGUUUUCAGCACAUUGAAAGCUAAGCAGAAAUUUGCCUGUCAUGAUCCUCUCUGUUUCCUGAUUGCUUUCUUCUAUAUAUGGGCAUUCGAUGCUCUUGUGGUCGCUCCUGAAAUCGAAAAGCCGGAAGCUUCAACUAAGGAAAUUCGCUUGUUAGACACCAGAGAAAUUCAUAUUUGGAUCGCUGAAGGCCCAAAUACUCGGCUUAAUCUAGUUGGGGUUGGCGCUCUGACGGGCAAGGGAAGCUCCUUGCGUCUACUCAGUGAGGUCUACCAGAUUUUCUCAAAACGCAAGUCCUGGUCUGGACUUUGCCGUGGCCUUGCAUCUGCAGUUGAGCAGCUCCUGAGAAAACAGACAAUUCUUCAGGCAACAAUCCCUCAAGAGCCUCCCCAGGGAGCUACCCAAGGUCCUACCCAGGAGUCUACUCAGGAGCCUACCGAGGGAAACACCGAUACCCAAAUGACUUGA